AUCGAGUAUGUCAGCAGCAGGGCCUCUCUCUCUGGGUGCCCUUCCAGAACGCAGCCACAGCUGUCACUAACUUGUACAAAGAGAGCAUCGAGGCCCGCCAACGGAGCUAUGACCUGGGCAUCCAUUUAGGCUACCAGCGCAGGAAUAAGGAUGUGAUCGCGUGGGUUAAGAAGCGCAGAAGAACCAUCAGACGCGAAGACCUUAUCAGCUUCCUGUGCGGCAAAGUCCCACCUCCACGGACAGCUCGUGCCCCGCCCAGAGUUGCCAUGGUGUCUGCAAGCCGGCCAUCACCCCCGGAGACGGGCAGCUCUGUGGAGACCGACCUGCAGCCUUUCAGAGAGGCCAUUGCACUGCAUGGUCUUAGUGGUGCCAUGGCAAGCAUUUCUGUGCGUUCCGGUCCUCCUGGUUCCCCAACUCACCCCGCUCAGUCCCUCAGUCGUCGUAGGAACGGUCUCCAUGACGUGGACCUCAACACCUUCAUCGCCGAGGAGAUGGCGCUCCAUUUGGAUUCCACAGCCAAUCGUAAACGUGGCCCUGCCCCCUGUAGUGAUGUCAUCACAGACUCACCAACUCAUAAACGUAACAGGAUGCUCUGAACUUUUCCUACGCCACUAAUCCCUCUUCUGUCCUCUCCUUGGUGGCCGACUGGACAGCUGAUGAGGACUGAUGCCUUGGCCAACCAUUGAAAUCUUCCUUCUUUUCAUCUUAGUUGCAAUGCUAUAAAUAAAGGAACCCAGCUAUUACCAACCCCA